AUGCCGCGCAGCUCAACCUGUAGUCGCUCGCGACAAAAAUCCUGCAUAGCAUGUGCGGAAGGCAAGCGGCGUUGUAAUCGUCAAACUCCGCAAUGCUCCCGAUGUCUCGCUCGAGGCGUGCAAUGCUCCUACAUCAACCGAUCAUCACGGCAAACCGAGACUUAUCCACAAUCCGAGUCUGCGAUAGCGAUCACGUUCCCUGACUAUUCAUAUUCUUAUUCUGAUGAUCUCUUGUCCCUCGCGGAUGCCACUGGGUCCAUUUUUUACUACGACGACCAUAUCGACAAUGACUCCUGGCUCACUAUGGACCAUUCCUCGCUUCUAGCACAGCCAGCUCUAUCGGCGAUCCAGAAGUAUCCCGAUCUCUCCAAAGUGGAUAAAUGGGCUACGCAACAGGUCAUGCGGAGUAUUAAGAGCUUUCCACGGCUGUUCUUGCAACAUGGGAAAACACCCUUUAUCCACGCACGCUUAUAUGAUUCGCAUCUUCCUGAUGCGAUUCAAGAUGCGUUUUCUGUCUCCGCGGCGUACUGUACCAAAAAUCCUCAAACGGAGGAUAUGGUAUUUCGAAUACUAGAAUCAAAAGCUAGUUCUCUUAUGGAAAGGGAUUACUCGGCCCGGUCUCUGGAUACCUUGCUUGCGGCCGUCCAGGCUUUAAUGCUGUUCCACAUUAUGCAACUAUUUGAUGGUAAUAUCCGGCAACGCUCGAUCGCAGAGCAGAGCCUUGCGACUUUAAAGUCGAUGACUGUCCAGUUACAUACACGGGCAGCUGAGAUAACGCCAUCAUCAACGUGGAAGGCGUGGAUAUUCGCCGAGAGCAUCCGGCGGACUGUGAUCAUGUCGCUAUUCAUUGAAGGAUUGUAUUCAGUACUGAAAUCGGGAUUCUGCGAAUCAGUGCCUACUUUGAGUUUACUGCCUUUUACUGCAGGUGGAGAGCUGUGGGAUGCCACUACAGAUUCCUCGUGGCUUGCUAAAUGCCAGAAAGGUGGGACUUUGGAUGUGGUUUUAUAUGGCGACUUCACGGGAGCUUGGGAAAAAGGUCUGGUCCCGGACCUGAACCCAUUUGAGAAGUUCUUGCUUACGCCGUGUAUGGGUGAAGAAUACAGGGAAUUCCUAGAGCUCGACAAUUGUAUUUAUUAG